CUCAGCUUUAAUUGCAGCCGUGAUGGAGCCUCUUCAUGGCUCCGGCGUCGGGCUGGAGUGUGCUUUAAGUGGCUCUGGAGUUGACACAGACGCGUCGCGGGAGCAGAAGCAGAAGCAGACGCACGAGGGAUCCGCGCUUCAGCAAAAUUAGCAGGAUGAUUUACGUCCACGACUAUGGAAUUGGUUUGUUGUCGUAAUUUUCCAUUACUUUCCUGCACAGUUCUCAUCUCGUCGCUGUUCGUACUUGACGGCGCAUCUCCUCCAGCUGCCGGCCCGUGUUCUCCGAACCCGUGCCGGAACCGAGCGCUAUGCCGGAGCCACGGGGACGGCUACUCGUGCUUCUGCGUGCCGGGCUUCCAGGGCUCCCGCUGUCAGAUCGACGUGAACGAGUGCGUCUCGCAGCCCUGCAGGAACGGAGCCACCUGUGUGGACAGAGUGGGCAGGUUCUCCUGCCUGUGUGCCCCGGGGUUCACGGGGGCCACCUGCGAGAUCCACAUUGAUGAGUGUCAAUCACGGCCUUGUCUCAGCGGCGCCAGUUGCCAUGACCACGCCGGCGGCUUCACGUGCACCUGCCCGCCCGGUUUCCAAGGACACCGAUGCGAGAUCGACACCGACGAGUGUCGGGAGCAGCGGUGCCAGAACGGGGCUCCGUGCGUUGACGGGGUGAACGAAUACAGCUGCGACUGCUCGCACACAGCCUUCACUGGGAGACACUGUGAGGUCCCGCUGCCGCCGUGUCGCUCGGAGCCCUGCCUCAACGGCGCCACCUGUCAGGACGACCGGGGGAACUACACCUGCAAAUGCUGGCCAGGGUUUGAAGGGCGCCAGUGCGAGCUGGACGUCAGCGAGUGCGCCAGCAGCCCCUGUCUGCACGGAGGCCGCUGCGUCGAGAGGUCGUGGCAGGCCGCGUACGGCAGCGAGCCCCUGCUGCCGGAGCGCUACGACCACCGGCGGGCCGCGGGCUUCGUGUGCAGCUGUCCCCCAGGAACAGCAGGUUCCCUCUGUCAGGAGGUGAUGAACCCGUGUGACCCCGGGCCCUGCCUCAACAGGGGCCGGUGCGAGAGCCACGCCGGAGGCUACAGCUGCCACUGCCUCCAGCAGAGUCCCGGCGGAAUCCUCUACGGGGGCGUGAACUGCGACGUGAGGCUGGUGGGCUGCGAGGGCCACGAGUGCCAGGACCCAGGCUCCUGCUCUCCCUUCCUGCUGGACGGGACCCACGGCUACACGUGCUCCUGCUCAGCCGGGUUCACCGGACCCUUGUGCAAGACUCCCACCACGUUCUCCUUCGAGCGCAGGGGCUACCUGCUGCUCCAGAGUCCCCUGGUGGACGAGGAGAUCUCCUGCAACAUCACACUCAGCUUCAAGACGGUUCUGCCCAGAGCUGUUCUAUUCCAGCGGAACAGCGGGGGGCUGCUGCUGAGCCUGGAGCUGGAGGGGGGACAACUUCGACUCAUGCUGAGGAAGGAGGCCUCUGCUGAAAACCCUAUUCAGGUUUUGGACAUUAUGCACAAUGUCACAGAUGGAGAGUGGCAUUCUGUAGAGGCCGUGCUUGCAAACUGGGUGCUCAGCCUGAAACUCUUGGGUGAUGCUGGGAGGUGUGGGAGCCAGGCGUGCCACAGGGCGGCUCUGGUCCAGAGCCGCCUGGCCGGGCCGGUGCCCCCUCCGCAGAACACCUUUAUUGGAGGAGUGCUCCAGGACUCCGGCGCUCCCAGUAACCCUCCGCUGCCAGCCUUCAUCGGGUGCAUGCGGGAUGUGUUUGUGGACUGGCAGCUCGUGGUGCCAGGGGACUGGAGGAGGGACUCCGCUGUGAACGUCUCCCCCGGCUGCAGCCACAGGGACCGCUGCCUGGACGUGCCUUGCCAAGGCAGGGGGCAGUGCGUGAACCUGUGGCAGAGCUACCAGUGCUUGUGUUCACGGCCGUACGAGGGGCAGGACUGUGCAGAAGAGCACGUCAUCGCUCGCUUCGGGGGCGAGGACUCGCACAGCUUCGCCGCCUUCACCGUCACCGAGGACCUGGGCCGGAACCUCUCCAUCUCCCUCUUCGUGCGCACGCGCCGGCCCGGCGAGCUGCUGCUGGCGCUGGCCAACGGCGGCGCUCCGUACCUGCGCGUGUGGCUGGAGGACGGCAGGGUCGCCGUGCAGCUGGGCCACGGCGAGCCGCUGAGGGCGGAGGGCGCCGCGGACGACGGGGAGGUCCACUUCGUGAGCGUGGAGGUGCGCGAGGGCCGCGCGGAGCUGUACGCGGCCGGGCAGAAGCAGGGCGGCGCCGAGGCGGGAGGGGUCCACGUGCAGGCGGGGGACACGGUGUUCGUGGGGGGCCUGACGGAGGCAAGGUCGACUGCGGCGUACGGGGGCUAUUUUAAAGGCUGCAUCCAGGACCUGAGGAUCAGCGACAGGAGGCUGCAGUUCUUCGGGCUGGACAUGUCCGUGAAGUCCUUUCCCCUGCAGCUCAUGGAGAACGUGACGGCCGGCUGCUCUGGCGACAACGCCUGCACCACGAACCCCUGUCUGAAUGGGGGCUUGUGCUACUCCAUGUGGGACGACUUCACCUGCACCUGCCCCCCCAGCACAGCAGGGCGGCGCUGUGAGGAGGUGCGGUGGUGCGAGCUGGCGCCGUGUCCCGCCGACGCAGAGUGCAGGACGCUGAGCCAGGGCUACGAAUGCUUCGCCAACGCAACCUUCCUGAACAACGGCACCGUGCUGUCCUACCGCGGGAACGGCCGCGUGACGCGCAACCUCACCAGCCUGUCGCUCAGCCUGCGCACGCGCCAGCGCAACGCGGCCCUCCUGCACGCGGAGGACGGCGCCGCCUUCGUCACGCUCUCCGUCCAGGACGGCUUCCUGUUCCUGGAGCUGCAGGGCGGUGCCGCGGCCGAGGGCGGCGCCGCGGCCACGGUGAGCCUCAGCAGCCGGAGGGUGGUGAGCGACGGCGAGUGGCACAGCGCGCAGAUGUUCAUGGCGGCGCCGUGGAUGCAGAGCUCCCAGUGGACCUUGGUGCUGGAUGAGGAGAUAGAAGAGGCCAGCACCUCCAAGGGCCACGGCGGCAGCCUGGACUUCCUGAGGGAGGGGGUGGACAUCCUGGUGGGGGGCCUGGCCCCUGACUCCGGCUGGGCCCUGGCCGGCUGCCUGAGCACCGUGGAGCUCGGCGGCGUGGCCCUGUCCUACUUUCGCGCCUCCGAGGUGAACUUCCCGCGGCUGCAGGAGGAGCAGUUCACGCAGACGUCGGCGGGCGCGGCGCUCGCCGGCUGCGGCGGGGCCCCGGUGUGCGAGCCCAACCCCUGCCUGAACGGGGGCGAGUGCCAGGACCUCUUCAACGCCCACAACUGCACCUGCGCCGAGGGCUGGGCCGGGCGGCGCUGCGACUUCCUCAUCAACACGUGCGCCUCCAACCCCUGCGUGCACGGCAACUGCUCGGUGAGGGGGCGGGGCUACGAGUGCGCGUGCGAGUCCGGCUACGCGGGCCCGGACUGCGAGGAGGAGGUGGACAUGUGCGAGGGCCACCGCUGCGCCCACGGCGGCACCUGCCUGCACGGACCGGACCGCUACGCCUGCCUGUGCCCGGACAACUACACCGGGCCCCUCUGCAGUGAACGCGUUGAAGAAAUUCCAUGGUACAUUGUUGUCAGGAACGUGCGGCCGCGGCUGCCGGUCUCCGUGUGCGGCGACGACACCCGGAACUACACCUGCUUCAACGGCGGCAACUGCACCGACCGGGAGCUGUCCUGCGACUGCCCCCCGGGCUUCACCGGACACCGGUGCGAGCAGGAGGUGGACGAGUGCCGCUCCAACCCGUGUCUGAACGGCGGCUACUGCCGCAACCUCGUCAACAAGUUCGUGUGCGUGUGCGAGAUGAGCUUCGCGGGCGACACGUGCCAGACGGACUCUGGUGUCCGUUGUGCUGCUGGCCCUGGUGGCGGCGUCCGUGGGCCUGGUGGUGGCGCUGAACCGCCGCGCCACCCGCGGCGCCUACAGCCCGAGCCGCCAGGAGAAGGACGGCUCGCGGGUGGAGAUGUGGAGCAUCACCCAGCCGCCGCCCGUGGAGCGCCUCAUAUGAGACCUCAGCAGGUGCUGUUCACCUGGCUCGGAGCCGUUUGUUCUCACGGAGCGGCGCUUCAUCCACAAUUCCACACCUGGUUUCAGCAAGAAGCACAAAUUCAUCUAAAUCUAAACAUUUGUGGUAAAAACAUCUCGAGUCUGUUGCAGCUUCCUGUCUGAAAAACAAGGCUGAUCAAAGGAUCAGCCUUGUUUUUCACAACUGAUGGACCAGAGAUUUGGACACUUGGUCUUAAAACCCUCAUUUAAAUUCAGAAAUGUGUGUUUAUUUUAAAAUGAUUCCUUGUUUUAUGUUCAUGUACUGAAAAAGAUCCAUAAAAGCAAGAUCACAGCAUUAGUUGCACUAGUUUAUAGAUUGUUAUAGUUGUUGACCUGCACCUCUACUAUUAGAAACAACAACAGUCUUGUUUAUGUACAUACUUUAUUUUAUUACUGUUAAACUUUAUUUUGGACCUUUUCUUGUGGUUUAAUUUAUUUCAUCUCUACAAAUUCUGUCAUGUGAUGCUACUGUAAGAAAAGGUUUCCUUUAAUGUGUGGCCUUAACAGUAAAUGAAUACAGUGAUUUCUGA